AUGGCUGCCAUUGAUGACAAUGUUGUUGGCACCACCUCAGAUUCUGAUUUUACCCGCUUUUUAAAAAGCAUAUCGCUUGAAAAACAUCAGCUUGAACUAGAACAAAUGGGCAUACAAUCUAUAGAUCACCUAGCAGACGUAACGGACGGCGAUGAUGCUGAGUUUGCAUUCAUGACAAAAUUCGAAUUUAGACGACUUAUCCGCGAAUAUAAGCAAUUUUGCAUUGAAACUGGCGCUGCAAAGACAAAUUCACCUUCAGGUAGUGCUUGUGGUUCAUAUAAAACGUCAAGUCAAUCUGUCAUUGUAAAACUGCCAAAGUCGUUCAGAAACUUCUUUGGCACACGCGACGGAAUGGGAAAUGUCGUCGUGGGAACGUCAGGUUUAAAAAGCAAGUACAAAAACUUAUGGCAUGAUAGACCCCGCAAUCCAAGCCAGGUUCUGUCGAAUUCGUUUGUGUUGAAGAUGGCUGAAGAAAGAUUUAAAUUUGCAAAGAGUUUGAGAGACUGUGAACUUUGGUGCAGGCAGGAAAGGGCAACCAGAAUUAAGUUGCUUUUAGCAACCAGCAAGUCACCUGCAAUUGACGAAUGGACAGAGUACUAUAAGAAACAGUCUAUAUAUGGUCAAAUCCAAGAGAUACAGAAGAGAUUUCCUGCGACUGAGGCCAUCGCUGCAAGUCAGACUGACAGUGUUACACUCAACAUAUAUGAGAAACUAUGCAAAUACCAAAUUGAGCUUGUGAGAAUUGAGAAAUUUGCCAUAAAUGCCCUUCAUGCUUGCGAAGGUCAAAUUAGGAAACCACCUAUUUCAGAAGGUAUUAAUUUUAUGGAUACAUGCCUUAAAAUAUAAUUGAUAUGCAUUUAAACUAGGGAAAUCAUAAAUGUCUAUAGAAACUUGCUCUAUAUAAACUUAAGGCUAUUUUGAAGCUUAACUGCAUGUAUGUUGACUUCUUUUUAAUCAUAGAGUGGCAAGAGCCAAAUGAAUUUUAUUUACACCAUCUACCACUGCUGCAAGAGGCUGUUGAGCAUGUUAGUACAAAAGUUACUGCCUUGAAAGCAAAAGUUGAGAUGGCAGCUGAAAAACACAAGAAAACAGCAUCACAUAACAAAAUUCAACAAAGAAGACAGGCAAAAAGAGCAAAGCUUCAUGCUAUUAUAAAUGUGACUGAAGGGCCUGGUGAUGAUUGUCAUGUUGUUGAAACUUCGGAUUGUGAUGGGGCAGACAAUGACUCUGUGGUCAUUGAGAAUGAUGUUGAAGAACUUUAA